GCAAGUUGCGGAAGAGAACCGCGGGAGGAGCUGUCAGUGAGGCAGCGUGCAGUAGAAAUAGUAGCAGGGGGAGGGCGCUGUCUCCUCAUGUGCUCGGUGUCCCGGGUGAGCGCAUCAGGUGACUGAGCCCCGGUGAGGACUUUCUCUCCUGCUUCUUUUGCUUGUAUUGCUGAGCUGCUGUUGUGUGCCCUAUCUGCUCUCCUCCUCUGUGUGUCUCAUAUGUGGCUGCUCUGACCUUGCCUGUGUUCACCAUGUACAGGACUCUGAAACGAUCCAGCAUCCUGAGGAUGGCUAUGACAGGGGAUGGGGAGCUGGAGAAGGAGGGCAGGGAGCCCUUCCUGGUCAGAGCCCUGAAGAUCGCCAUGGUGGUCACUCUCUACUGGUUUAUCUCCAUCACCAUGGUCUUCCUGAACAAGUACCUGCUGGACAGCCCAUCCCUGAAGCUGGACGCUCCGCUCUUCGUCACCUUCUACCAGUGCUUGGUCACGGUGGUCCUGUGUAAAGUCCUCAGCCUGCUCAAUCUGGUCAUCCCCUUGCAGAUGCUGGAGUUCCCCUCCAUUCGCUUCGACCUCAAAGUCCUGCGCAGUGUACUGCCCCUUUCUGUGGUCUUCAUCGGCAUGAUCACCUUCAACAACCUGUGCCUCAAGUACCUCGGCGUGGCCUUCUACACGGUGGGCAGGUGCCUCAGUACCGUCUUCAACGUCCUGCUUUCCUACAUCCUGCUGAAACAGACCACGUCCCUCUACGCCUUGCUGUCCUGCGGGGUCAUCCUGGGUGGCUUCUGGCUCGGCAUAGAGCAAGAGGGUGCGGAAGGCACCUUGUCUUGGGCUGGAAUAUUUUAUGGGGUCCUGGCCAGUCUCUGCGUUUCCCUGAACGCCAUUUACACCAAGAAGGUCCUUCCCGCUGUUGACGGCAGCAUCUGGCGCCUGACCUUCUACAACAACGUCAAUGCUUGCUUCCUCUUCCUGCCCCUGAUGCUGGUGUUCGGGGAGAUCGGCACCCUGCUGUCGUUUGACAAGCUCAACUCUGUGCACUUCUGGGGCAUGAUGACUCUGGGGGGGAUUUUCGGCUUCGCUAUAGGGUACGUAACAGGGAUGCAGAUUAAAUUCACCAGCCCCCUGACUCACAACAUCUCGGGGACGGCAAAGGCUUGUGCCCAGACUGUGCUGGCUGUCUUCUACUACCAGCAGGUCAAGACUGUGUUGUGGUGGACCAGUAAUCUCAUGGUACUAGGAGGCUCUUUUUGCUACACGUGGGUGAAGGGUAUGGAGAUGAAGAAGACACAAGAUCAGCCUGUGCAGACUAAUACGACAGAGGAAAAGAACUCUGCUCCUGUGUAAUAAUACGACAUUC